CAUUCAAGAUAAGAUAUCUCAGUCUCCAAACCGAUUCAAACCAAAAAUGCUCGCAACUCUACUGGUUCUAAUUUUCGCCGGUGCCACCACAGGUUCGCCCCCCCAUGGUCGCAUUUUCGGCGGCACCAUCGCCUCCCCCGGCCAGUUCCCCUUCGUCGCGUCCUUAAACAACCCAGAACAAUUCUGCGAUGGUUCCAUAAUCAACAAAAACUGGAUCGUCACAGCCGGCCACUGCAUCGACGCCGUAACUCCCAACUCCACAGUACUCGUAGGUACCAUCUACGAAAGCUCGGGUGGUACUAAGUACAACAUCUCCAAAGCGAUCCAGCACGAAGCCUACAACUCAACAACUGCCCAAAACGAUAUAGGUUUGAUUCAAAUCAAUGGAGAGUUUGAGUUUGGGGAUGAAGUCCAGGCUGUGGAGUUCGCCGAUCCUGAAGUCAACGCAAGUUGUCAAGCAGCUGGGUGGGGGGCUAGUGAAACGACUUCGUUCCCUGAGGAGUUGCUGUAUGUUGAACUGGUGGCUUUGAGUUUCGAGCAAUGCAAAGAUUUAAUUGAGAGUAUGGAUCCGUUUUAUUUGGGGAGUGAACAAGUUUGUGGUUAUGGUCCUUCGGGAAAAGGAGUUUGUUUUGGGGAUUCGGGAGGACCGUUGGUGUGUGGCGGGAAGUUGGCGGGGAUUGUGAGUUACACGGUUUCUGCUUGUGCCCAUGGGUACCCAGAUGUUUAUGUUAGACCGUUGGCUUAUGCUGACUGGAUUGACGAAAAUACAAAGUAAAGUGGUACUUACUUAAGUACUUAGAAUAUAUAUAUUAUUAUGAAACAA